AUCACAAACUGGUCUCAGGUGAAUUUUUCUUUUUCUCAUAAUUGCAGAUUUUAUAUACUUACUCUGGUGGAAUUUAGCUGUUCCUUGGAAAUCAUGCAAAACCAAAGCUUUGUAAGUGAGUUCAUCCUCUUGGGGCUUUCAAAGAAUCCAAAUGUUCAGAAAAUAAUAUUUGUUAUAUUAUUGUUGAGCUACAUGGCAACUCUCGGGGGCAACUUGCUAAUUGUGGUGACCAUCAGCAGUAGCCCAGCACUCCUGGGCUCCCCCAUGUACUUCUUCUUGGCUUUCUUGUCCCUCCUGGAUGCCUGCUUCUCCACUGUCACUGCCCCAAAAAUGAUUGUAGACUCUCUGUAUGAGAGGAAAACCAUAUCCUUUGAGGGCUGCAUGACCCAGCUCUUUGCUGGACACUUCUUUGCUGGAGUGGAGGUGAUUGUCCUCACAGUCAUGGCCUAUGACCGCUAUGUGGCCAUCUGCAAGCCCUUGCAUUACUCUUCUAUCAUGAACUGGAGGCUCUGUGGCAUUCUGAUGGGAGUGGCCUGGACAGGGGGCUUCCUGCAUUCCAUGAUACAAAUUGUCUUUGCUUUACAGCUGCCCUUCUGUGGUCCCAAUGUCAUCGAUCAUUUCAUAUGUGACUUAUACCUGCUACUAGAGCUGGCCUGCACUGACACUCAUGUUUUUGGCCUUUUUGUGGUGGCCAACAGUGGGUUUAUGUGCAUCAUAAUCUUCUCUUUGUUGCUUGUCUCUUAUGGCAUCAUCUUGUGGUCUCUGAGAACCCACAGUAUUGAAGGGCAGUGGAAAGCUCUCUCCACUUGUGGAUCUCACAUUGCUGUUGUGGUUUUGUUCUUUGUCCCCUGCAUAGUCACAUAUGCCCGACCUCCAUCCACUUUCUCUUUUGACAAAAUGGUGACAAUAUUUUACACCAUCCUAACCCCCUUGUUCAAUCCUUUGAUUUACACCAUCAGGAAUAAGGAAGUGAAAAAUGCCAUGAGGAAUGUGUGGAGUAGAAUAAUGGUAGUUUGUAAUGAAAGAUGA